UUCGGUCUUUAGGGCUGAGCAGGAAGUGCCUGGCUGUGCACCCUGGACGCGAAAAGAACUGAGCAAAAGGCGCAAGAAAAAUUUGAAAAAUGGAUAUGGUGGCAGACUUGGGGGUGAACAGACUCUAUCGGGCGCCGGGUGAAUCAAGUCACCAGCAGCCUCAGAGGUGGUUCAACGCCGCUGACAUCACAGUGGCUCAUCAAAGCAACGUGCUGAAGCAGCUCAACCAGCAGCGCCGCCAGGAGCUCUUCUGUGACUGCAGCGUGCUGGUGGAGGGCCAGCUCUUCAGGGCCCACCGCAAUGUUUUGUUUGCCAGCAGUGGCUACUUCCGCAUGCUGCUGUCCCAGGGGCCUGACGGGCUCUCCGACUCUGUCAACGCCACCUUCGACGUCUUCAGCCCAGAAACCUUCACCGUCAUCCUGGAUUUCAUUUACUCUGGCCAGCUGGACCUGUCCAGUCACAAUGUGAUUGAGGUGAUGUCUGCAGCCAGUUACCUGCAGAUGAACAAUGUCAUCAACUACUGCAAGAAUUUCAUCAAAUCCUCCCUGGACAUCAGUGUAAAAGAUGAAGACAGCAAGCGAUGCCUCAGCUUGUCUGAGACCUGCAGCUUCACCAGUGGAGCAGGGGAAGAAACCUCAGAGCAGCAGCAGCAGCAGCAGCAAGGCCCCUGCUCUGUUAGCCCACCACCUGCACUCUGGACAAGAGACAACUCCAGAUCCCAGUCUAGCUUUAUGGGGAAGGACCCAGACCAGGAAGCUUCUGCCUCAGCUCUGACUAACCCAAACAGCCCUGCUAAUGAGCUUAACACAGAGUCAGAGGACCUGCAGGACCCUCAUGACCCCCUCUACACCUUGCCUGGAUCAGAGCGCCGGCGUGGUAAAGGGGGAACCAAAAGGAGAGCGCCCAACAGCAACCGUUCCAACCAGCAUGAGGAUUUGGACAUCCAGGAGGCGAGGACACAAAAAGCUGAGAAGGCAGAACAGCUGUACGCGACUUUACCACCAAUUGUAGGUGUUAUUGGCCACUUCAACAAAGAUUCCAACCCCAUUAUGCGCUUCAAAUGCCCCUUUUGUACACACACGGUGAAGAGGAAGGCAGACCUGAAGCGUCACCUGCGCUGUCAUACCGGGGAGAGGCCAUACCCAUGUCAGGCCUGCAAUAAACGCUUUACGCGCCUGGAGCAUCUUCGUAGCCAUUUUGAGACAAUCCAUCAAGCCAGGAAGCUGGUGUGCAGGAAGUGUAAGUGUCAGGUCACAGAAGAGACAGGACACGUGGUGUGUGAGGGCACACGACGCCACCGCAAGUGCAACGGCGGGUGUAUCCAGGAAGUGGGCUGCGACAACAUCCCCAUGGACGGUCUAGAAGGGCCUAAUGAGGAGCCGGCCCUGUUGCUGGGCGUGGAUGGAGAGGAGGAGGGGGACGCCAAGAGGAGCUGGAUGGUAACUGACGAUGAUGACCUGGCCGAAGACUCAGGGGCCGACCUCAUCAUCCAACAGGUGGAUGACAGUGACGAGGAGCUGCAGUAAAAUGAGACCAAAGUAUGUGUUUGCAGAAGCAUGCAUGGAUAUUGACUCUGUGUGUGUGUGUGUGUGUGUGUGUGUGUGUGUGUGUGUGUGUGUGCGUUACAGCAAUGCAAAUGAACUUAUGCAGAAAAUAUGUGAUCGACAGAUGUAAAGUGAAUACACACACAUAAUGUGUAUAAAAUAUAAGUUGUUUAUUAGUUAAGUGCAACAGGUUGAUCUUUCCUUUCAGUGAGAUUUUUGACCUUUGUAACAAGAAAUGCUUUUUGGUAAACUUCAUAGAGAUAUGCAGAAUCCAAAGCAUGCAUAAUCAGUAUUUCCUUUGCUUCAGUUAUAUUUACUGUAUAGGCUUUAAGAAAACCCUUUCAAAGAUAAAAUAUGUUUAUUUGUUUGCAUGGAAGGAUACCUUUGCUACUUUUUGGGACUCUACUCUGAGAAAAAAGAAAAACUGGCAUUUAAGCAGCACAAAGCAACAAGGACAGAAUGAUGACUGCUAUUUUCUGCUGGGGAAAGUCGAGAGCAGACUUUUUUUCCCCAGCAACUCACAGUUGCAGUUUUUGUUGUGAUUCUGUUUGAUGAUAUAAAGUAAAUUAUAAUUUAUUUAUUUAUUUUUUUACUUUUACACAUUAAAAAUAUUUUU